AUGGUUGUGAAUGCGUUUAUGCUCCAAAAGAAAUAUCCCAAUUUCCAAGUCAAUGAUAUCAAUGCAUUGAUUGACAAAUUCGAAGAGUGCGAUUUGGAUACAGAUGGCUUGCUAGAUCAGCGCGAAAUUCAACAGGCUUGCAAAGACACUGGCUACAGCGACAAUUAUGACGAAAUUAGAGCCAACUUGAAGCAGGUGACUACAAGUGCUACUGGCAAGAUUGAUGUAGAAGAAUUCAUUGACCUUGCAAACAGGCUAAAGGAGGGUCGCAACAAGGGCGCUUUUGAUGUUCACCAGCACAAGAUUCGUGUCCAAGGCGCCAACAGUGAUGCUACCCAUACCAUCAAUGAGGAUGAGCGCACUGAAUUCACUCGCCAUAUCAACAGCGUCAUGGAAAUGGACCCCGACGUCGGUUAUCGCUUGCCUAUCCCCACCAACACAAUGCAAUUGUUUGACGAAUGCCGUGAUGGCCUUAUCUUGUGUAAACUGAUCAACGAUGCUGUGCCAGACACUAUUGAUGAACGUGUUCUCAAUGUGAAAAAGAAGAUGAACAACUUUCAAAUGGUGGAAAAUAACAAUAUUGUCAUCAACUCGGCAAAGGCCAUUGGCUGCUCCGUAGUCAACAUUGGUUCUCAAGACAUUAUUGAAGGCAAAGAGUAUUUGAUCUUGGGUCUUAUUUGGCAGAUUAUCAAGCGAGGUCUGCUGAACAAAAUUACUAUUCAGCAACAUCCUGAGUUAUAUCGCUUAUUGGAGCAAGAUGAAACGUUGGAGGAAUUUUUAAAAUUGCCUCCCGAUGUCAUCUUGUUGAGGUGGUUCAACUAUCAUUUGAAGGCUGCUGGCUGGGAGAGAAGAGUCAACAAUUUUAGUAAAGAUGUGUGCGACGGUGAAAACUACACCAUCUUGUUGAACCAGAUUAAGCCUAAUGAAUGUUCUCGUGCCCCUCUGCAAGAGCAAGAUGUCAUGAAACGUGCUGAAAUGGUACUCCAGAAUGCAGAAGCCAUUGGCUGUCGCAAGUAUCUCACUCCCAAGGCAAUGGUGAGUGGCAACCCCAAGCUCAACUUGGCCUUUGUCGCCCACUUGUUCAAUACACAUCCUGGUCUUGAGCCUUUGACAGAAGAGGAAGCUCCCGAAGUGGAACCAUUCGAUGCUGAAGGUGAACGUGAAGCUCGUAUGUUUACAUUGUGGUUGAACAGUUUGAACGUGGAACCUGGUGUAUACAAUCUCUACGAAGACCUGAAGGACGGUUUGAUCUUGUUACAAGCUUUUGAUAAGGUGCAACCAGGACUCGUUCAAUGGCGUAUGGUCAGUAACAAGCAGCCCUUGUCUCGAUUCAAGCAGUUGGAGAAUUGUAAUUAUGCUGUGCGUCUCGGGCAAGAGAAUGGCUUCUCCCUGGUAGGUAUUCAGGGUGCUGACAUUGUCGAUGAGCAAAAGACAUUGACGUUGGGCCUUGUUUGGCAAAUGAUGCGCGAGAAUAUCGUUCGUACCUUGCAGUCUCUGAGUGAAGGUGGUAGAGCAGUUACUGAUAUGGACAUGGUAAAGUGGGCUAAUGAAACUGCUCAGAAAGGUGGAAAGCAGAGUAAGAUGAAUUCUUUCAGAGAUCCAUCUCUUCGUACUGGUGUAUUUUUCUUGGAUGUGCUCAAUGGCAUAAAACCCGGCAUUGUGGAUGCCUCUCAUGCCACCGCUGGCAAUACAGACGAGGACGCUUUCAACAAUGCUCGUUUGGCUAUCUCUAUUGCCCGUAAGUUGGGUGCUACUAUUUUCCUUGUGCCAGAGGACAUUGUGGAAGUCAGAUCAAAGAUGAAUUUGACCUUUGUUGGCAGUUUGAUGGUUGUUGAUCGCCAAAUGAAGAGAGCUUAA